UAAAUUGAAUGGAUUUUACAGUCACAUAAACUCAGGAAAAGCUAGUCCCAUUCGUGAAGGCAUAAGGGCAUCGUCUUUACGUGCAUCACCAGUUAGAAAUAAAAGCAUGACCGUACCGAAUUUAGAUAGUUCAAAAAACGAAAUGAAAGGCGAAAAUAGGUUACAACAUGAUGGCAAAAAAUCCGAAGGUUUUUCAUGUAAAUGGAUGGAUUGUGAUUUCACUGCUUGCGAGGUGCUUGAGCUUGCUAGUCACGCUCAAGAGAACCAUGUUGACCCAAUGAAGUCAUGUGACGUAUUUGUCUGCCUAUGGCAGGACUGUAAAGUUUUCAACCGACCAAGUUGUUCAAUGAGCUGGCUCACGAAACACUUAGAAUCACACAUUGGGGUGAAACCAUUCAAAUGUAUCUUUGAAGGGUGCUCCAUGUCGUUUUCAACACAAACCGGUCUUGCUCGGCAUGUUCCGUGCCAUUUCCAGGAUAAUGCACGUCAGUCAAAGAGGAAUGUAAAUAACAAUGUCGGAAAGGAUGAUUCGCCAAGUAAAAAACAAUUGAGACGGAAACGCUUAAAAUACAUACGAUACAAAAAACCUGGCACGCAUGGGAAAGUUGAAGAUUUUGUUGACCAACACACAGUGGACAGCAUCAAAUCGCGGUUGACAAGUAUGAUUGGAACAGAUACGGAAUCCAUCGGAAUCGAUGGAUCCAGCAUACAUUUUAUUGCUGAGCCUUUUGGUAAAAGAGUAAGCAAGAAGGGUGAAAAGGAGAUAUUACUUCAUUGGAUACCAGAAUCAAUUCUGCCAGAUGAGUGGGUGCCAUUCGAUGAAAUUGAGACGUCCUAUCGGAAAUCUCUUCCAAUUCGUUGCCUGCCCAAUGACGUAAAAGCCCAACUGCAUCCCUCAUUUUAUCGCAGGUUGAGUCACAGGAAAAAACGACGAAAAUGAAUAUGGCCGCAUCAUUUUUGUUAUCAUGCAUGGACAUCCAAUAUUAAAUGGCAUUGUCAAAUUAUUUAUUUCCAGAAAAAUUACACAUUGCGGGCAUUAACCGCAUAAAACUAAAAUAAAAGAAAGGCUGUCUCAAGAUAAAUACGCGUCUAUACGCUUACCUUUAGCCAAAAUUUGGUGGUGAAAUUUGUGUGUAAGGGUAUAUUUCGUAUUUGGCUGUGUGUUUACCCGCGUGGAACAACUCGUUUCAACUAAAAACGUCUCUGGUUACAGAUAGCCUGCCAUUUAUUUUAGUUAAGAGCCAGUCCACGGCCACCAAACAUUGAUUCUUUGAAGGGUUAUCGUUUUGAAGCCAUACAAAAUCCGUUAUAUAGAAAUGCAGAGCAGAGCGAAUAUCUAACCGCGAAUAAGUUACUGUUCUUUAAUUUAUAAACAUACUUGUCUGUCUUCUCAAAAAGCACUUGGAACUUAUAUAGAUCGUUUCCAGCCUGCAUGCGGUGACCGAAUCAGACAGUGUAAUGAGAAGACCAUGCAUCAAUCCCUAUUGCUUUAAAACAUGAUAAAAAAUAUACGAUCUUGUGGUUUAUAUAUUAUGUUUCCUUUUGCACAAAAUACAAAAGUCAAGAAAGAAUAUUUUGUGGCCAUUAUUGCAUAUAUUUCUUUUAGAUUUUGCCUCUUGAAAUCAGACAUUGUAUUGCAUAUAAAAAAGACAUGUUUUCAAUACUAUUUACCAAUUGAAUAGUUCACACCUUUACAAAAAUAUGAAACCAAAUUGCUUUUCUUAGUAAACCGUUAACGAAUUUAAUAGCAUUUUUACCAAAAAAAACCUCUUAAUAUUUACUUUGGUGUUCUAAUAAAGAUCAAUUAAGACAUAACCAACACAUCACCAAAAGACAACCACCUUAUCAUCGUUACAAUCAUUUUCAGGCAAUUUGGUUGAUAUGUCGUCAGGUGCAAACGAUCUAUAUAGUUAGAAGAGUGCGAGAUGCGUAGAUGCUUCACAAACUGGACAUAUGCAUUGUGUCCUAAUAUUGCAUUUUUGAUUGAAUUCGAGAUUCAAAGCCAAUUGCAAAUCACCACAAAAUCUAUAAGCGAGGCCUUUUAUGGCACCAGAAAACAUUUUCUAAUGCUUCUGUCUCUAAUAUUGUAACCUGUUAUAUAGCACACCUAAUCCAGAAAUCAGAAACUUCUAGAAAAAGUACAUGUUUAGCAUUAACUAUCAACACUGCAAUAUAUAUGCGGGUCUGUUUAUAUGAGAGUCUAGACGGUGGUUGCGUCAUGCGUAAUAUACACAUGGUUUCUCCAUAUUAACAUGCUUUCUAGGAAAUUUCUGUUUCGAAGAUGACGUUCCACCUUGGCUUAAAUUGAAAGACAUGACCAAACCUGACAUUAACCAAAAGACAUCAACCAUGCAAAACCUGUUUUAUGUCUGUACUUUCGUAUUCUAUCAUUACGGAAAGAAUGUCGGAUGCACAUUUUUCAGAAUGCUAAAAUAGCACGAAAACACACAACGCUGUUGAAUUAGAAUACAACAAAGCAUAAAUUCCUGUUUAAAUGUGUACUCCGAAAAUACGUCAAUUUGUUUUUUACCACUAAACAAUAUUCAACUGGCAGUAGAUAUUAUGGCAAAAUUUACAUUUGUCAUCUCUUUCGUAAUCGUGGGUUUCUCUGCAUUCAGUUCUCUGGAUUCAGUUCCCUGGUUUUCAGAAUGAGAUCAACUUCUUAAUCUUGUACAGCAGCAUUCAUUUUCCAUACUGUAGUAACUUAUGUCAGACAGCUUCCUUUAUUAUUUUGUGACUCGACAUGCACUCCUAAGAUCAAGAGUGGAAGUUUGAACAAAGCUCCACCUAGGUGGUCGUAAUAAGUUGUAUUUGACAAUGUCUCAAUAGUUUCGCAAACUUUUCAAUAAGUUUCACUAACUGCGCAAAUUUUUGAAUUAAUUAACGACGGUUUAGUUUAGUAAAUUUCUGCACGAUUUAGAAAAACCUUCGCUUCAAACUAUAGGAAUUAUUUUUAAAUUGUCCGGGGCCGGUUGUUAAAAGCUGGAUUUGACGCUAUCCACCGGAUAGUGAUCUUAACCGUUGUAAAACGCUGUUGGAACAGAACCACUGGAACUAAAUUUUAAGGUUUAUUAAGAUUUAAAAGGCUUUGAAAUUACAUGCGUGAAGGGUGGCGUUGAAUCGCGCAAUUUAGCUUUCUUACAACCUGCCCCAGUCAUGCCUAGUUUAAUCCAAUUAUCCAAUCAACUGCUUAAGUAUAUUUUACUUUUGUUUUGUCUUAAACAUAUUGGCCUAUACACUUGUAAAGCUUGUAGAUGUUUUUGAUAAUCUCGGCUUUAAGCUACAUUGUAUAUAAAUUUAUUGUCACAUUUUAUAAAUUAUUCAUUUGUAUUUGUUGUAAAUACCUCUAUACUUAAGUUGUGUAAAUAAAUGCACCAUUCGAUAUCAACUUAACAAUUAA